CUUCGCCUAGUCUCACUCUCACGUACCUCAGCCCUUCUCCUUCAAUCUCCGAUCAGUCCACCCUCGGUGCUGUGCCCAUGAAGUCGUGCUCUACUCGGUCACCGAUCAGUCGAGCUCAGACCUUCUCCUUCAUCUUCUCCGCGGCGCCCGAACUCAGCUCGUGAAGUCUUGCCCUGCUCUCAGUCGUCGGCUUGUAGCUUAGCUCUUCUUCAGACUUUCCGCGAGUGCUCACCGUCGAUUGGUCGUGCUCGUCCAGUCGUCCUGCUCAUGCUCAGGCUUUUGGAUGUGCAGCAGAGGAGGUGAAUUUAUUACUAUCUCCACAUGGAUUUUAUCAAUCUGAACCAAGCCUUCGUUCCUUUCUUUGUUGAACUUGAUUAAUUAUAAAGAAUAUGGACUGAACUUAUAGAUUUUUAUAGCUUGAGAGAGGUCAUUCAUGGUGACUGGAAUUUUCUUUAUCCAAAUGCUUAAUGUUACUGGUGAUUCAAGCCCUAAUUUGUGAUUGGAGCAUCACUUAUUUACUUGAAGUGCCCUCCUUACAUUUUUUUCAUUAUAUCUGAGCUUUUAAUUAGGCUUUCAGACUAUGAUAGGACUUUGCAGGUUCAGGCUUGAGUCUAAAUAACAGCCUUAAAUAGACCACAUGCUGAGGCUUGAGAUCUACCUUGCAAGCUUAGGCCUACCAGAUUAAAGCCUGGCCUAGCCUGGCUCGUUUCCAUCCCUAGUUCCCACGCCCUAAUUUAGAAACACCACGGUGGCUAGGCAGCGGCCACUGCAUAACAGCACUUAGCACGACUGAGCACGAAGAGAUCUGCUCAUUGCCAAACUUUGAAUUUCAAAGUUUCUUUUUGGCACAAUCUUAUUUGAGAGCCUGCUGUCAUUUAAUUUUCUUGAUUGACAUCAUAUCAUUUUAUCCAAACCCUUAAAAUCCCAGAUGCUUGGAAUUGAUGCACCUGCAAUCGAUAAUCUAGAUGACUACUCUCGUUCGUCAACUGUAGUAAACUUUGAAAGGCCGAUCCCCUUGUUACGCGGACCAUUACCGGCCGGUUCCACUGAUGACCCAUCAGCCGGUCCUUUUGUACUUGCAUUCAGAGACUCACAAGCUUGGAUUUCCUCAUACAGAGCCUGCGAGCACAAAAUCAUACUGCAAUGUCAAGAGGGGGCCAGGAUUGGGUGUGCUAUCAGCGCUUCUAGCAAGUGCAAGCCUCCAUGGUGGAAGUCCUUGACAGGUGUCAAACCUACUGAUUUAAAGGAGCGAGAGCGAUGUGAAGAGCGUGAAAUGGAGAGCUGCUUUGCCGCUGCGAAGGAGAAGUGUAUCGGGUUUGCCAGGGACAAGUGUUUAUCUCCCUUUAGGGAUGCACGGAUUGCAGUUAGGGAAAGAGGAUUGAAUUCAAAGGAAGCUUUGAAAUUGAUUCACUUAUUAUCAUUGCCCAAAGGGUCUUUGCGGAUUAUGGGUCAAAUGUGCUCCAUAUGCUUGUCUCAUAGUACGAAAUUAGGGGUGACAAAUUACAAGGCAAGUGAACUGCUUGGCUUGGAACGUGAUGUGCAAUGCAUCCUGGGUGAGCUGCAGCAAGGGGCCAAAGAACUGUAGCUUAUUUUGAACGUUGGGGGCACAACCAGCAUAAUUUUGGCAGACAGCUUAAAAUGACCGAGGUACAAGAUUUAAGCUUGAAAGGCGUGGGUUUGGCUUGAUCAAGAUUAAUAUGAAGUCGUGGAGCACAUUUAUGAGCAAUCAUUCCUUUGCUUUCUUAUGUAUGUUUUAACUUUCAUGAUGCUAUUUAGGCAAAAUUUGGAUCAAAUUUGCACAGAUUUGGUGGGUUACUUAA